CUAUCGUCUAUCUUCCCACUGUUCCGGUCCCACGCGCAGGACGACUAGAUGGAAGCAGACGCCACCACCUCCCCCAAUCCGCCGGCGCCGGCGCCGGAGGAAGCCUUACCAGAGGAUCCCUCGCCGUUGAGUUCCUCCUCCUCCUCUUCUGCGCCCGCCCCCGUUGCUACGGCGGCGCCUCCCGAGGCGAGGAAGGUGGCGGCGGCGAUGGAAGCAGUGGAGCGAGACGCCGUCGCCAUCGCCGAGAGCUACGCCUCCCUAUUCGCCUCCCUCCGCAUCGCACUCUCCAACGUUACCUCGACGUCGGCGGAGAACAUGGAGUGCCUGGGCGAAGUCGUCGGCCGUCUCCAGGAAUCAGCACUCGAAGCGUCUUCCAAAGGAAAUAAGUACAUCCAUUCGUGCCUAAGGCUAAAUGAGGAAAUGCGAGGCUUGGAAAGCCUAAGUAUUCAGCUCAAGAUUAUGCGGAAGAACAUUGAUUCACUAGACCUGGCUGUUGAUCGCCUGCUCCACCUCCCCUAGUCUGUCGAUAUUGCCGGGUACCUUAUACAAGGUGCAAAUUCGGUGCUGCAGGAAGCCAGGAACUUCCGGUGAAAUUUAUUCACCAAGUAGCUGCCACUCUUUUCGGAGGCAACCAAUUACUGUCACUCUAAAGGAGAAGGCCCCUUCCAUGGCAAGCAAAGGAGAAGGUCUCCCCUUCCACAGCAUGUUGAACCCCCCC